UUCUCUUUCGCGCAUCUUCUUCCUUCAAGUGAUUGACAUAGGUAGAAUUCCUUCUUACCGAACGCUCGUGCGCCUCGUUUCCAUCCUAGCGAGAUCUGUUUUCCUGCUAACUUGUGUCGUCUGCAUUAUGGCGUAAAACAAAAUGACUGGCACAAAGCUUCAGGUGCGCCUGUACAGGGACUCAUUCGCAACACCCUGGGGAUUCCGGUUGCAGGGUGGCAAGGACCUGAACCAGCCCCUAGUCGUGCAGAGGGUUUUCUGUAAUAGUCCAGCUGAGGGUCAACUACAACGAGGUGAUAUCAUCGAUUCUAUUGGCAUUAGGAGAGGAGUUGAUCUUAGUCAUAAACAAGCCCAGGAUACACUAAAGCACGGCGGGGGACAGAUCGAACUUGCGAUAACUAGGCCACCUUCUGGAAGAGUCGGCAUAACUCAGCCACCAGCUAAUAUAACACCAGUUCAAACACGAGCACCACAGCAGAAUUUUGAUCCUUCUCCGGAACAGAAACCACAGAUGCCGCAGCCACCAUCAUAUGGGCACCAACCAAAGAAAGUUACGGUGAGCAAAUAUGGCGGAGGCGGGCCAAGUUUCGGAGCAGAAUAUGCACAGGGUGGAGUGCCGGUCUCCACACAAUCUCGUAGUGGUAACUAUAAACCAGCGGAUCAGUAUAACAUGCUGAAUCGUGUACAGGGCAGUCUAGAUAAUAUCAUUCUUUCUCCACGAACACCAGAAGCUUCUCCAUCUCAAGCUCCUUUUUAUCAACCAUAUCAACAGCCCUACGAAGCUCCCCAACAACAACCUAGUUAUCAACAGCAACAACCUUACGCCAUGUCAACAGGCGAGAGGUUGGAUAGGAUGCAACAAUUCAGUGAGUAUCCUGGACAAACCGGCCCCGCCUAUCAACCCCAACCAUCUCCACAGUCAACAGGUUUCCGAUCGACGGCGGAGAUGUUGGAACAAGUAGAACCUGAAGUAGAAGAGAACACUGUCCCUGUAUGGGAGAGAAGACAGGCAUUCACGGGACCAUCCUCCUAUUCGCAUGUGCCAAAACCAAUCAAACCUAAGAGAUCUGCUCCUAAAUUCAGAAAGCCAACAGGGCCUGUUAUUGGAACAGACUAUAGCAAAGUUGGUAUUGAUUACGCACAGCGAGGAAGUCGUCCCUCUAGUGGUGUCUGGCAACCACAACCACCACCACAGCAGCAGCAACAACAAUAUAGGCAACCAGAUGCAACCAGCUACACACCCUCACCGUACGAAGAUGGUGAACCCACUGUCCCCGCAUGGAGACAUACCCUUAAGACCUCCGGAGUGAAACCAUGGGAUGAGGAUCUUGAUUAUGGUUCCCGCAACCCUGCUCCCGAAGUGCAUGUAGCUCCCAGGUUGGGAGUAUUUACAACAAAUAUCUCGGACCACUAA